AGCAGAUCUGUUGUGCUGGAAAAAAAACUCACUCUUCUUCUUGUCUCUUUGUGUCCACCUCUUUUUCUUCUCCCACCAGAGCUAUCACAGCUCAUUUCAACCAAAUACAAAAUGACUAACAAGUAGUUGUUGUUUUCAAAUUAGAGUUCAGGUGACCCAGCUAGCUAGCCAUAGUUGCAAGGAGCAGUCCCACCUUUAGUCCCUACCUUUAUGCUCCUGGUGCUUCAGAUUCAUCCUACAUAGUAGUUUUGUGGCCACAGAGUGAGUUAAUAUUCCCUGUUGGAUUUGCUGUUUUUCAGGGCAGGAUUUCUGAUGCAUCAGUCACCUGAACCAUCACGGUAGAACUACGAGGUCUGACACAGAGGGAGGCAGGGACUUGCAGCUGGAGGUGGCAGAGGGGAGGAGGGUUGCUCUUUCUCUAACCCCUGCAGGCUCAGAGAGAAGCAGUGAAGGAAAGCAGAGUGAAGAAAGUGCCACGUUGUAACUGAAGGUACAAGGAAAAAAACCUACAGGGAGAUCAACUCAGCAGUGUAUGCUCCACCUUUGUCAACAGGCUGUCAUUGCAUGGUUUUGGGAGGAUUUUUGCUGUGCCUUCUGAAGAACAGAUAACGCUGUCACAAGUACAUAAUUGUGUUGCCUAAAAUUUGAUACCAGCUGUAGAGUAGAUGGCUCGGCUUCCUCCUGGGAUUCGCUUUAUCACUUCAUUUUCACGAGAUCAGUGGUAUAGAGCCUUCAUUUUCGCUCUCACUUUCUUGUUGUAUGCCAGCUUCCAUUUAUCAAGGAAACCUAUUAGUAUAGUUAAGGGAGAGCUGCAUAAGCAUUGUGCUGCUUCACAUGAAGUUGAACUCGGCUCCUACAAAGAAUAUGCUGCCCAGAUUCAGCCUGUCAGAAAAACAUCUAACAUGUCUCAGUGUGGUUGGGAGCCAUUUGAUAAGAACAACUACAAACAGUUACUGGGAGCGCUGGAUUAUUCAUUUCUGUGUGCAUAUGCAGUUGGAAUGUAUUUAAGUGGAAUUAUAGGAGAGCGGCUCCCUAUCCGGUACUAUCUGACAGUCGGGAUGCUUGCUAGCGGACUCUUCACUGCAAUGUUUGGAUUGGGUUAUUUCUAUAAUGUACACAAUCUGUGGUUUUACAUAAUGGCUCAGAUAGCUAAUGGUUUGGUGCAAACUACUGGCUGGCCGAGUGUCGUUACAUGUAUUGGCAACUGGUUUGGAAAAGGAAGGAGAGGUUUGAUUAUGGGAAUCUGGAAUUCACACACUUCAGUGGGAAAUAUCUUGGGAUCCUUAAUUGCUGCUUAUUGGGUGUCUGCAUGCUGGGGUCUCUCCUUCGUGGUGCCUGGUGUGAUCAUUGCUGUGAUGGGGAUUGUUUGUUUCCUGUUUCUUAUUGAACAUCCUAAAGAUGUAAGUUGUUCCUGCAAACCAUCCAGUAUUUCUAAAACCUUCCUGAAUGGUGCAUCUCGAUUCAGAGUCCAGAUGUCGACCUUAAAUGCUAAGGAAACCAGCAAGCUCCAGGAUCCAGAGAUGCAGCAUUUACUCACUGACAGUGAAAACUGCAGUGUGUUGCUGAACUCCAGCACUGUUGCAGCCACUGGGGAGGGCAGACAUGGGACAUCAGCUAUCAGCUUCCUUGGAGCCUUGCGAAUACCUGGAGUCAUAGAGUUCUCCCUUUGUCUUCUGUUUGCAAAGCUGGUGAGCUAUACUUUCCUCUUCUGGCUUCCCCUCUAUAUCACAAAUGUGGAACAUCUUGAUGCCAAAAGAGCUGGGGACCUUUCUACACUGUUUGAUGUGGGUGGAAUCUUUGGUGGAAUUUUGGCAGGCCUGAUUUCUGACAGACUGGAGAAGAGGGCAUCAACCUGUGGAAUGAUGUUACUCCUUGCAGCACCCACAUUGUACAUGUUCUCUGCAAUCAGUAAAAUGGGCCUUGAGGCUACUGUAGUGAUGCUGCUUAUCAGUGGUGCCCUGGUGAAUGGCCCUUACGCGCUGAUCACCACUGCUGUCUCUGCUGACUUGGUGCAGCUUUGGGGCCUCUCCUGGCUGGUCUUAUUUCCCCAUCUGGUUGGAACAACGUGUUUUACAUGCUCAUGGUGGCAGAUGCGUGUGCCUUGCUAUUCUUACUCCGUCUUAUUGAGAAGGAGCUUCGGUGUUACACAGAUCAUACCCUGUUCAAAGAACACUGAGCAAAGACCAGAUUUGGAAAAAGGACUGCCAGUGAUACAGUUCUUCCCUGAAAAAAAGACCUUCAUGGAAUACAUUGUUCUGUAUUUAAGAGAUUCUGUUUGGUGAAGAACUUUGCAUGUGUACUGGAAGCAGUGUGAGAAAUGCAACUGGUAAAUCCCUGAAGCUCUUAUUUUUGCACAUGAAUAAGUACCUCAGGAUGGCAACUACUCAUCAGAUGAAGAGACAGAAACAUUGGGAAGGUUUAGUGGCGCACCUCAAUUGAGCCAAAGAGAAAUACCAAGUGCCUUUUUAUUUCUUUUGAUAGGAUGUUUUUAAUUUAAAUGCCAAACUGUGUAUUUUACAAAACAAGUCAAAACUAGAGCAGAAGGAAGUUGAAAUUGUAGCAGUCUAGCAGUGAAAUGUCCCAGUGUCAGUGAGCAAAGUAUGUAUCCCUUAUGUUAUCUUACGCACACCGAGGGCAUCGCUUUAUAGAGGACAAUAUCAGCUGUGUUUUAUGAUGCACUACUAUUAAUAUUUUGAAGCUGCUCAGACAAUAAUAACCUCACCAUAUUAUUAGUUUUUAACUACAGUACUACUUCUAAUCCCAAGGACAACAUCCAGCCUUUCGGUAGGUAAUGAAAUGGAAUUUACGGUUGCAUUGUACCACGGUUAGCAGUUUUCACAGGCUGUCUGGAAAGAUGUUAGUCAUCAAUAAGGAUUGUGCAAAAAGGAAUCUGAAGUAGCACAAAAUAGAUGAUGAGUCAGAAUUUCCAGUGGAGGGCUCUAAGGAUUUUUCAGGGCAUUAUAAACUGACUGUGCAAACAUCACCUAGUUGUUCUGCUGCUACUCUAGGCUGGGUUGACAUGAGAGGUUUUCCCUUUGGGGUGGCAGAGAACUGUGAGCUGUCACACCUUCAGCACUACAGGAUUGAGCAGAUGAGCUGCUUUAGUGAUCACUGCCACAGUGAUCUCUGUUGGAUGCUUCCUGAUUUCAGUGCUGGUGUGUGCACAUGAAAGUCAUCAUUAGAUUAGGGCCUUAAUAUCCAGGAAUCUUUCAAAUGGCUGAUUUCAAAAUAUGUUUAUAUCAGAAAAGAAAAAUUACCUAGGUGGUAGGUUGUAAGAGGAUAUUUUAGUAACUAGUGUUACUCAGCAAAUAGGUGGUUUAUUGUCUUUAGAACAUAUCAUUUCUUUGUACAUCUUGUUUGCAAAUCAAAUGUUUUUGUGUUGUUUUUUUUAAAAUGUACAAAGUAAAGAGGAUUUUUUUGUAUGAGGUGUUUAUACUUAGAACAUCUAGAAGGCUAGAUAAUUUAAAACGUGUAUUAACUGUAUUUAUUAAAGCUUUUGUUCUGAACUAUGCUCUAAGUUUUGUGAAACAAUGCAGUAGUCUUUACACUUGAUGAAGAAAAUGACACACUAAAAUAGUCCUGCAAAACACGGAUAAAUGUCUCAUUGGCUGCUGGUGGUGUGUUCUGUGUGCUGGCACAACUCUUAAUUUCCAGAGCUGUUUUGUAAUUGCUCAGCCUUUGAUCGUUAUUUCACUGGUUUGAUUCAGCACAUGCUUUAUGCUUGACAUGAACAGUACAAGAAUGUCUUUAUUUUUAACUGUUUUGCUGAACAAAGAUACAGGGAAGGCCUCAGUCCCACACAGACUUAAGGAAGGUACCAAAGUCCUUGCAAAUGACUGGGUAGGACCUGAACCUGCAGUUACCCCGAGGAAUGGUUAACUUCACACAUUUUGAGUAAACCUGUUGAGACCAGCGGGGAUACUCAACAUGUGCUUUUGUGAAUCGGUGCUGCGUUUGGGCUUCAGGCUGUAGUUAAAUGUGACAGAAUUUUGCAGCAGUGUUACUUGAAAGGGCUCCCAUCCCAGUGGCGUGGCGCACACUGCCCCUCACUCAGCCAGGCUGACUCUCUGGAGGACUGUUAGCUGGACCAAGGGACUGAUCUAGCUUUUGAUGGGGGGAUAGUAGCAUUGCAACCCCAAAACAGCUGUACUGGCACAACUUCACUGGUUGUGUGAGGAGGGAGGAAUGUAGGACUUGUUUAGCUGAAGAUGUUGAUCCCUUCCCCACAAAAAGGUAUGUAGAGCUGCAUAUUAGUUUAUCAAAACAAUGAAAACUCUUAAGCUCUGCUGUGCUCAAAUUUUGAGAGGCAGUUCCUUAUGGGCUGAAGUCUUAGGUUAAAACGCUUUCAGUUGUAUUUAACAGUUACAGGUUGUAAAGAUAUUUGUGUUUUGAAUUUUGUUUUACUUGUUGGGGCUGCUGCUGUUAUUUAUUUAUUUAUUUGAGUAGCUUUUGUACUGCAUUGACUCGGGUAUGGGGUGAUGACACUGUUGGAGGUGUCAGGCCUGAGUCCUUCCUUCCAUCAGUUGCAGGAGAGAGUUAGGACUCAGGGUGUGCAGAUGUCUCCAUCCAAGCUGAUGUGCAGCAUUUCGGUUCUUCCCAGCUACAAAUUAGUUGGACAGAAGGAAACAGGAUUUGCUUUUCUUUAGUAACAACCCUAAAGGUCCUCUGAGUUGUGAAUAAACUGUGUUUUGUUAGCAUUGAGUGUCAAUAUUAAUUAGUCUGGAAAUGAGCCAGACUGAUGACAUUUUUUAUGUAGAAAUGUGAGUGACCAGUAGGUAGAGCCAAAUUUAAAUAUAACUGGAGAGUUGUUUUUUUUUUAAAUGCGGGUUAUUGUGAAUUUUACUCAUUUACUGUCCUGUGUUGAAUAAAAAUACAUUCUUCUUUAAAAUGAGAAACAA